CUUGAAGCGACUUUGGAUGAGAUGUUGCUCGAAGAGAAGGAUGCAGUUACGGAUACUUCCAUAUUACGCUCACUGAUCACCGUACUACGUGAACCACAUCUCCGAACUCCUUUUUUCAUCGGCUUCCUUAGCCUACAGAUGGUCAUUGGUAUAUGGUCGAUCACAUACUUAUCGACGGAUAUGCUGGAUUCUCGUUUCCCCGUGUAUAUAGCUCAGAUGGCUUCACUUUUCUUUAUCUUAGCUAAUUUCAUAGCUGGAAUGCUUGGAAUGCUCAUCAUCGAAAAAUUUGGACGGCGUAGCCUCAUGCUAUGGCUUGGCCUUUUCAACACAAUCUCAUUAGCCCUAUUCGUAGCAUUUGAUCAACUAGCCAACUUGUACGACCCGCUAAAAUGGGGUAGUAUCGUUGCGUUGAUACUAUUUGGAGCAACGUAUGGCAUCGGCCUUGGUGCAAUCGCCUACUUCAUCACUUCCGAACUGGUUUCACAGCAAUAUCGUGCACUGGUACAAUCUAUGGUUUAUGCAGCGAAUGUAAUAGCUACAUUUGCUUUCUCAUUCGCUACAUUACCAGCUUUCACAAAGAUUGGGACCUGGUCGUUCAUUCCUCUUUUCAUCAUUCCUUCCUGCUUGGCACUAAUCUAUCUAUACUUCAAUAUGCCAGAGACGAUGGGCCGUGAAGUGCAUGAAAUCGUCGAGGAGCUAAUGGCUAGAAGCUACAGAAACGAAAGCAAGUUUGACGUCAGCGAGCACGCAGGGACUACCAGUCUAUUACGACAAGGAAACGACUAUGCAUGUCCUGCAUCUGAGAUAGAGUCCUACAUUUAG